UCUCCGUUCAUCUCUCCCAACUCCUUGUCUCUUUUUCUAAUUUUUGUUUCUGCAACAAAAUUAACCUCUAAACUCAAUCAAUCAUGUUCAUCAAAUACUUAAAUCUCAUUAGUGCCCAUCUCAGAUGGGCAUUUAAAUUCUGGUGUUACUAUCCGUUCAGCUUCCAAGAACACGAAUUGUUUGCUGUGACUGCAAUUGGUGAAGAACUAAACACGGUGAUCAAUGAAGCUCCUGCGGAAUGUGCCGUGUGUCUAGAUGACGUUGAAGAAGGCGAAGAAAUCAGAGAGCUGAGAUGUGGGCAUAUCUUUCAUAGAGCAUGCUUAUACAGAUGGCUUGACUUCCGGCCAUCGACUUGCCCACUUUGCCGAGGAAGUCUUGCUCACCGGAGAACAUUGAUCCUUGAUCAGCACCGAACAGAAGUAGUGAAGUUCAAGUUCUGUUCUUUCACAUCCACCGAUGAACGUGCGACAUGGUCGCUACGAUGAAUCAAGUCUUCAAG